CUGAGCCACAGUACAUUUAUUAAAGAUUGAUACUAAAAAAAGGAAAUAUCCAAAUAGCAAAGUUCUUCAACUUCGCUGAAUUGUCUGUGUACCUAAUGAAGUGGCCUGUCGGCCGCUGAUUGGCUGUCCUGGCCACGCCCACAUGCACACGUCACCAGCCAGUGCCGCCAAGUUAAGAAGAUAGAACAAAGUCUUUCUGACGUCACUGUCUGCCAUCAUUCAUCUUUUGUGUUUUUAAUCAGUUUUAUUCCUGUGUCCGGUGACGUCAUUCACUCCCCACACCACUUGCAGGACAACAAGACGCCAUUCUUACUUUUCUAACAUUCCAACAUGGCAGCCUUUCAUCCCGGUGGGCGUGGCUCACUUACUAGGAAGAAGGUUGGAUGAGAAGUCUUUUUGUUGGACGCACAGUUGGACGUAUACAGUCUUCUUGUUGGACGUAUACAGUCUUCUUGUUGGACGUAUACAGUCUUCUUCUUUUUGUUGGACGCACAGUUGGAUGUAUACUGUCUUCUUCUUCUUGUUGGACGCACAGUUGGAUGUAUACAGUCUUCUUCUUCUUGUUGGAUGUAUACUGUCUUCUUCUUCUUGUUGGACGCACAGUUGGAUGUAUACUGUCUUCUUCUUCUUCUUGUUGGACGCACAGUUGGAUGUCUACAGUCUUCUUCUUCUUCUUGUUGGACGCACAGUUGGACGUAUACAGUCUUCUUGUUGGACGCAGAGUGUGAGUGUGCAGGAAGACCGCCAUCAUGCGCAGGAAACUUUGUGGAACAAACUACCCGGCCAGCAUCUGCUUCAUCGUGGUCAACGAGUUCUGUGAGCGCUUCUCCUUCUACGGCAUGAAAGCCGUGUUGACGCUCUACUUCCUGACUUACCUGCACUGGGACCAGAACCUGUCCACCGCCGUCUACCACGCCUUCAGCAGCCUCUGCUACUUCACACCUGUCCUGGGGGCGCUCAUCGCAGACUCCUGGCUGGGCAAGUACAGGACCAUCAUCUACCUGUCCCUGGUCUACGUCCUGGGUCACGUGGUCAAGUCUCUGGGGUCUGUCCCCCUGCUGGGCACCACCACUGUCCACAUAGGGUUGUCCAUGGCGGGCCUGGUCCUCAUCGCCUUUGGGACAGGUGGCAUCAAACCCUGUGUGGCCGCCUUCGGGGGAGACCAGUUCCCUGAGGAGCAGGCCAGCCAGAGGAUCAAGUUCUUCUCCAUCUUCUACAUGUCCAUCAACGCUGGCAGCCUGCUGUCCACCAUCAUCACCCCCCUGCUCCGAGGAGACGUCAAGUGCUUUGGACAAGACUGCUACGCUCUGGCCUUUGGCGUCCCCGCCGCGCUCAUGAUGGCGGCCUUAGUUGUGUUCAUGUCAGGCAGCAGACUGUACAAGAAGAAUCCUCCUGAGGGCAACAUCCUGCUGGAAGUCUGCAAGUGUGUGAGCUAUGCCAUCAAGAACCGCUGGAAGAGGUCCAAGUACGAGUCCAGCAGGAGGCACUGGCUGGACUGGGCCCAGGACAAGUACUCGAAGCGUCUGAUCAUGGAGAUCAAGAUGGUCCUGAAGGUUUUGGUGCUCUUCAUCCCUCUGCCAAUGUUCUGGGCUCUGUUUGACCAGCAGGGAUCCCGCUGGACUCUGCAGUCCACCAGGAUGAACUUGGGCUUUGGGGCGUACGCCAUCAAACCCGAUCAAAUGCAGAUGCUGAACCCGCUGCUCAUUCUGCUCCUGGUGCCGCUCUUUGAGCUCCUGCUCUACCCGCUGCUCGGCCUCUGCAGGAUCACCAUCACCCCGCUGCGUAAAAUGGCCACCGGGAUGGUUUUUGCGGCGCUGGCUUUUGGUGCUGCUGCCCUGGUGGAGGUCAACGUUAUGAAAACGGCGGUGCGCCCGGCGGCAGCGGGCACGUGUCUGCUGCAGGUCUACAACUUGGCACCAGGGGGCGUGGCUCUCCACUUCCCUGUAGGAGACCCCUUCCCCAAGCCCCUCCCCUACCUGCAGGACCCUGCGCACUACCUGACUCUGCCACUAGGGGCGCCCAGCCGCACGCUGCGCAUCCACGUCCGUCGCCACGGCUCCUCCUCCGAGUGCCACCUCACCUUUGCCCAGCAGGCGGCGUACACUCUCAUCCUGCGGCCCUCCUCCGCCAAUGGGACAGCCUGCUCGCUGGUGCACGACCACAUCCACAAGGACCACGCAGGUGCGCCUCUUCUCAGGUUGAUCAGCACGCUGCAGGAGGCGGCCCAGGUGACAGUAGCAGACAAGGUGUUCCAGGUGGAGUCACAUGACAAGGUGUCUGCCAACAAGACGGUCCAGCGGGGAGAGUACAAGAGGGUGAGAUGUUGCCUCAGCUCCAAGGCCUGCUCUGACCUGGACCUGGGUCUUCUGGACUUUGGAGGCUCCUACAGCGUCAUCCUGCUGGAGGACUCGGGCAGGCUGCUGGCCCACAAGAUGGUGGACGUGCAGCCCAACCAUGUGCACGUGGCCUGGCAGGUGCCUCAGUACCUUCUCAUCACCAUGGGAGAGGUCAUGUUCUCCAUCACCGGCCUGGAGUUCUCCUACUCGCAGGCCCCCGCCAACAUGAAGUCGGUGCUGCAGGCCGGCUGGCUGCUUACCGUCGCCUUCGGGAACGUCAUCGUCUUGAUUGUGGCCGAGGGGGCGGGGCUAGAGCAGUGGAAAGAGUUCCUGCUGUUUGCUGGACUGCUGCUGGCUGUCUGCACCAUCUUCUCCGUCAUGUCCUACUUCUACACCUACGUGCGGCCUCAGCAGGUGGACACCCUCUACCUGCAGGACCAGGACCAAGAUCAGAACCAGAACCAGAACCAGGACAAGAACCAGGACCAGAGCGACGACAUGCUGCACAAGAAUGGAAACGACAAGGAGGCGGAAAAUAACACUAGACUGUAGCCUGGGUGAGCUAUGUAUGUGUAUAUAUAUAUAUACAUGUGUAUAUAUAUAUAUAUAUAUAUAUAUAUAUAUAUAUAUAUAUAUAUACAUAUAUAUAUAUACAGUUGUGAUCAAAAUGAUUCAACCCCCACACAAUUUUGGUGUUUUAGCAAGUUGGACAUUUAUUCCGUAUUUGGUUUAUAGUCAUAUCAAAUAAAGAUGUGUCAAAUAGACAAAUGCAAUUUAAAUUCUAACACUGUAUUUGACAAAAUAGCAAAAAAGGACAUUUUUCUUAAUAUCUCAUUGACAAAAUGAUUCAAGCCCCUAGUUCCAUGCAUCUUUAGUACUUAGUAGAACAGUAAUGACAUCCUUCAAAGGUGAUACAUAAGCUUCUUGCAAGCAUCUACAGGUAUUUGAGCCCAUUCCUCUUGGGCAAAGGCCUCCAGUUCAUUCAUAUUCUUGGGCUUGUGUGCUGCAACUGCCUUCUUCAAGUCCCACCACAGCUUUUCUACAGGAUUUAGGUCUGGCCACUCCAGAGUCUUCCAGCCCUUCUUCUGAUGUUGAUUUGGAGGUAUGCUUGGGAUCCUUGUCCUGUUGGAAGGUCCAACGUCUCCCAAGCCUCAGCUUCCUCACUGACUUCAUGACAUUUGCAGCUAAUAUAUCCUGCUAGGAAAUAGAAUUCAUAAUGCCUUCAACGCGCUGGAGAUUCCCGGUACCUGAGGCAGAGAAACAGCCCCAGAGCAUGAUUGACCCCCCACCAUGCUUAACAGUAGGCAAGGUGUUCUUCAUUUUUUCUCCUCCAGACAUAACGUUGAUUCAUAGGCCCAAAGAGUUCCAGUUUUGUCCCUUCACUCCAUAGAACAGUUUUACAAAACCUUUGGGGUUCGUCCAGAUGAUUUUUGGCAUACUGGAGUCUAUUUUCUUGUGCCUGGUAGUCAGAAGUAGGGUGCGCCUAGGAGUUCUGGCAUGGGACGAAACCUGCGUUCCCCCCUCUGCAAUGUCCUGUUGUAGUUCCUCAGCUGUUACCCGGGGGUUUUUCACCACUGUACUUCUCAAAUACCGGACAUCAUCCUCUUUUUACCACGCCCAGGUAGUGUUUCCACUGUGCCUUUAGCUUUAAACUUGCAAAUUAUGCUCCUAACUGUGUCUCUUGGAAUGUGUAAUGUCUUUGCUAUUUUCUUAUAUCCUUUCCUAUGAAGAGAAAUGACCUCCUCUCUUGACUUCUUUGACCACUCCCUGGACUUCACCAUGUUGCAAAUACACCAUUGACCAUCUACAAGAAGCUGAUUGUCACAGUCUUUUUCAAUCCGUUUAAUUGUUGCUCGUUAUGGUUCUAAUCACAUCUACAGGUGUUUUCAACACCUGAUUGAAAUGACCUUCUUCAAAUUCUGUUCUUAAGAGUUAUAAUCUUCAAGGGGUUGAAUCAUUUUGUCAAUGAAAUAUUAAGAGAAAUGACACUGUUUGGUAUGUUACAAAAUAUAAUGUUGUCAUUCAAGGUGCAUUUGUCUAUUUAAUGCAUCUUUAUUUGAUAUGACUAUAAACAAAAUACGGAAUAAAUGUCCAACUUGCUAAAACACCAAAA